CCAGAAGAGCUUAAUGGAGUGAUUCCUGUCGACUCAUCAACCCGUUUGAUGUGCGUAACGUGAUUGCUCGUAUUGUAGACGACAGCUGCUUUGACGAAUCUAAAAAAGAGUAUGGAACAAUAAUCGUCACUGGAUUUGCACGCUCGUAUGAAUAUUUUCUCGGUAUUGUGGACAAUAGCGCUUUAUCUCGGAUUCGUCUGUGAAUGCGGCACAUCUUAUCGAAUUGUAUUGUCAACGUGAUACUUCCCUGCUAUUUCUACAAAAUAUUACGGGCUUCAUGGUCGGCAAAAAGGUUGAACAUGGCGGAAAUGCGAAAGUUGGUGCGAAGAUGGUUGUGGGAGAUUCAUAUGCGAAGGUACCGAAGAUUUCGUACGUCAUUGGCUUUUCAUAAGGUUCUGGUAAUUACGGCAUGUGCGGUCGUGCCUUUUCUUCUUGCUUUCUGUACAUGUUGCCAAAUGUUCGUACAUCGGUUAUGAGUGGGAAACAUGUUGCAGGUGUAUUGGCUCAAGUACAACGUGAAAAUUAUAAACGUCGGAAAGAAACUUUGUCUGCCUUCAAGCAGCCGAUUAUAAACAAGUGUGAUCAAGAAAGCUCUGCAUACUAUUCAGUUGCGCGUCUCUGGAAUGACGGCAUUAUGGCCCCAAAAGACACUCGCAAGGUGCUUGGACUCAGUUAGCAUCGCGCUGAAUAAAAUGCCACCCAAAACACAAUUUGGCGUAUUUCGCAUGUGAGCUGAGUAAUAAUGCAAGCAGCAUGAAAGUCAAGUUGCUAUUUCAUUAUCAAUAUUCACCACAAAGUCGCAUGCAGUCAGAACUUGUUAGUUUGAAGUGUCUGUAUCAAUUGAGAGAUGACUUCAUAUUUUU